ACAAGGAAUAAGAGGCACUGUACCACAUUAGCACUUCUGCUGCUCUAAGUCAGUGUCAAGCUCUCUAGGUGUCUGUAUGAGUUCUCAUUUGCCAAAUCAGCUCUGAGGGACAUUGUGAUUAAGAGGCUGAACUGAUCUCAUUGACAUUUUAGAUUAGCACUCUCUGCAGGGCUCCCCUGCCCCGUCUCUCUGCAAGCGUCUCUGUCACUGAUACAGGAUUAAGAUAGCACUUUAAGUAAGUGAGGAUGAUGAUGGUGAGCGACGACUGUCUGGUGGAGUGUGAGAUCGAUGACAGUGAUGAGGACGAGGGAGAACAGAGAAACACUCCUCCACCUCCUCCUCCUCCAGAGUUUGCAUCCAAAGCCCCGACUCCAGCGCCCAAACCUCCGACCCCUCCCUCAACCCCUGCUACGCCAACACCCACCCCCACCCUCAGCCCCACCCCCACCUAUCCUGUCAACAGGGACCCUUAUGGCAUCAACCAGCACCUAAAGGUGGAGGUUAGUGACGUACUGGCGGAGCCCGCCACACCUCGUAGCAUAGACCAAGUGUGGCUUUACAGUGUUGUUGGCUUCGAGAGGGCUCGUAUCUGGACGUACCGCUGCCUCUCCUUGCUGUUUGCUGUGCCCUUCGCUCUCCUGUGUGGUAUUUUCCUGGCCAUUCUUGCCUGUCUACAUGUCUGGUUUGUGGUGCCUUGCAUACAGCUGAGCAACACCUUCCUUCCAUGCCUGCGGUCCUUGUGUAUGUGUGCUGUGAAUGUUUUCAUCUCUCCCUUCUGCACGUCUCUCGCUCUCUGCUGCAGUCAAAUAGCCAUUUCACUGUCGAACAAGGACUGGCAUCCAAUGAGAGAGAAAGAGGCCGUAUGAAUGUGAGAAAUAUCGAGUGAUACUGAGUGACCGAGUGAAUGACUGAGUGUGAGAAAGAGUGAGAGAAUUUUGGUUAAAUUUGCUUGCAUCUUUUUGAGGUUUUUGAUUGGCACAGUUCUACAGCUUAAUGUUAAUGCUAUUUGAUAUAUUUUCUACACGUAAAGCCAAUUCAUACAAAUUAUUAUUAUUAUUAUUAUUAUUAUUAUUAUUAUUAUUAUUGUCAUUAUUGCAGUUUAUUUUACACUGACUUCAGAUGUAAUUCUGAGAAAAUGUUAUCAAGUUAUCAAUAAAAUAAAUGUCCUUAAAUAAGUUCUUUAAGCAUUUGUUUUGUUUUGUUUUGUUUUGUUUUACCAAAUAGACUAUGUGAAUGUCUUUUGCACCCACAGAUCAGUCUGGAAUAACUUUGAAUCAAUCAAUCAGUAAAUACUAGCUAGCAGUCAUUUUCCAGAAAUUGGAAACGUACAAUUCUUCUUCAAAGUAAUUUAUCAAGCAAAAAAAUUCAUUCAAAUUCAUUUGCUGCUUCCAACUUUAUCGGUUUGCUACUUUUCUUGACCAAGAGUGAUCAAUUAAUUGCAAAAAGAAUGUAUUAAUUCAUCCAUUAAUCAAUCAUCAAUGACGAAAUUAGUAUUUACCAACCUUAAUAAAUUAUGUGUUUCUUUCUGAUGUAUACUGCAUUGUUGAUUUGAGUUGUUGAAA